CUAUGAACUCACAAAUUAGUUCUAAAGCAUCUGAUGCCCUCCAAAGUAUUUGGGAUGAUGAACUCCAGGUCUUGAAAGACGAUGAUUGCUCGCCUCAAGUCCCAAAAGUGACCAAACAGUUCUCCAAUACUCUUAGAGAGAACAAAGGUAGCAUCAACAAGGCUGAUCUUGAAUGAUUUUGUCUGAACACUAAUCAAUUUGAAGCAGCAAUUGAUGUAGAAGAUCGCUCAGAGAUUGUUUACAAUAAAGAAAAAGCUCAGGUAGAGUUAAAAUCCACAAAACACAAAAGAGUGAAAUCUCAGAAUUAUGUCUCUACCUCAGUUCCAAAUUCUGCGACCAUAACUUUAUCCAAGAUGAAGCCUGCUCUUCUGAGGAGAAUUCCUUCAAGCGAGAUCAUGAGAAGCUUGUUAGGAUAACUUUGAGCAUCUGGUCUAAAUAUAAAUAACUUGUUAAUAAUAAUC